CAGGACACUACAUUCACUAUAUCUGAUCUCCCACAGUACACAUCAUCUCCAUUUCUGGAGUCUCCCAGGACCCUGCAUUCACUAUAUCUGGUCUCCCACAGUACACAACAUAGAAAUGCAAAUAUUUUAGUAAAUAUAAACUGCUAAAUACCUUUUCUCAUCAGAAAAGCAGUCUAGUGAGAGCAGUCUUGUGACUUCAGCAGAGCACUGGUUAAAGCUUGUAGGAGUUUUCUGUCUGCUCUAG